AUGGGGAAGUCGCGAGCCCAGAAGGACACGAUGGUCACGGGCAUUGUAGCUCUGCUGUUGCUGUUGCUGCUACUGGCAUUAGCCAGGCGCGGUGGGGGGGCGCGGGGCAAGCUAGGGGCCCUACCCCCAGGGCCCACGCCGCUCCCGCUGCUGGGAAACCUCAUGCAGCUGGAGUCGGGGCGCCUGGACCGUGCAUUGAUGGAGCUCUCCGGCCGCUGGGGCCCGGUGUUCACGGUGUGGCUGGGCCCGCGCCCCGCAGUGGUGCUGUGCGGCUACGCAGCGCUGCGGGACGCGCUAGUGCUGCAGGCGGACACCUUCUCCGGCCGCGGGACACUGGCAGUCUUCGAACGCUUCACGCGCGGAAACGGCAUCGUGUUUUCUAACGGGCAGCGCUGGCAGAGGCUGCGCAAUUUUGCAAUCGGAGCGCUCAAGGAGUUCGGCCUGGGUACGCGGACCAUCGAGGAGCGCGUCCUGGAGGAAGCGGCAUGUCUGCUUGAGGAAUUCCAAGCCACCAAUGGGGCCCCGUUGGACCCCCGGAGGCUGCUCGAUAGCGCCGUGGCAAACGUUAUCUGUUCCGUGGUGUUCGGGAACCGCUAUGGCUAUGAGGACCCGGAGUUCCUGAGGCUUCUGGAUCUCUUCCUUGAUAACUUCCACAUCAUGAGCACUAGAUGGGGAGAGAUGUACAACAUUUUCCCUUCCCUGAUGGACUGGCUUCCCGGCCCCCACCACCAAAUCUUCCGAAACUUCGCCGAGCUGCGGGUCUUCAUCUCCGAGCAAAUCCAGCGGCACCGGGAGACGCGGCAAGCUGGAGAGCCCCGGGAUUUCAUCGACUGCUUUCUCGACCAGAUGGAUAAGGAACAGGACCACCAGGACACCUAUUUCCAUGAGGAGUCCCUGGUGAUGACCACGCACAAUCUUUUCUUCGGGGGCACCGAGACCACGAGCACCACCCUGCGUUAUGGGCUCCUCAUUCUGCUCAAGUACCCAGAGGUGGCAGCCAAGGUGCAGGCUGAGUUGGACUCCGUGGUGGGUCGCAGCCGCACCCCGAGCCUGGAUGACCGCCAGCGCCUGCCCUACACCAAUGCUGUGCUGCACGAGAUCCAGCGUUUCAUCAGCGUGCUGCCCCUGGGGCUGCCCCGCGCCGUCACCCGAGACACCCACCUGCGAGGCCACUUCCUGCCCAAGGGCACCUACGUGAUUCCUCUGCUGGUGUCUGCUCACUGGGACCCCAGCCAGUUCAAGGACCCUGAGCACUUCAACCCUGGCAAUUUCCUGGAUGAUAAGGGCGAGUUCCAGGGCAAAGACGCCUUCAUGCCCUUUGCCCCAGGCAAGCGGAUGUGCCUGGGUGCAGGCCUGGCCCGGUCCGAGAUCUUUCUUUUCUUCACGGCCAUCCUGCAGAGGUUCAGCCUGCGCCCCGUUGGGAGCCCGGCCAAUAUCGACCUCACCCCACAGUGUACCGGCCUGGGCAACUUGCCCCCAGCCUUCCAGCUCCACCUGGUGGCCCGCUGA